AUGUACCAUCAGAUAGAUACACUUUUACCCGAAAAUCAAACUAAUCCAUUAUUUUAUCAAAUCUAUAUGUAUGAUAUGGAUGAACAGCAAAGAUAUAGACAACACCUUAUGCCUGAUUUAGACAGUUCUACACUUUCUGAGCUUCAAGCAAUGCUUCACGAGUACACCACGCCUACUGCAUCAGAAGUUGCUGUGCUCAUGGUUGGAAGCGGUCAAGAGUCAGAAUGUUUGAAUCGUGAUAUCAUUCUAUGCAAACAAGGAAGCAGUUUACAUGAACCUGGAUGGCAUCCUAAUAUCCCUAUACGCAAUAUACUGUAUGAUCAAAUAAGUAACAAUAUGAUAUCCCAUGAACAAACAAGUGACAAUAUAAACAUUUUCGAAAACUACGAAGAGGAUGAAAACUCCCGACAUGUAACAAUAAUGAAUUAUUAUGCUUACCAUUUGCAAAUACGUAGAGAUACACCUCUAGAAUCAUUUGCAUUGCAUAGGGCUGGCCGAUUGUUUCAACAGUAUAUAGUAGAUGCCUAUGCAUGUAUUGAACAGAGUCGACUUAACUAUUUUAGGCUAAAUCAGAAACAAAUCUGGGCUGAAUUAUAUAAUGGAUUACAAGACACACUUACA